UAGUUUACAUCCAACAAUAUUCGGGCAACAUGUUAAAAAAGCCAAGUUUCUGGGAAAAACAUAAAGACAAUAUUUAUAUAUUUGGUCAUAUUUAUGCCACACUAUAUGGUUUGGUGGUCAUUAAUUAUAUACCAAAAAUAUCUACAAAAUCGUUGAAAUACUAUGUGGCCGUAAUUUAUAGUCACAUAGUCAACAUUUUUAUAAUUGUGAUUUUACCAAUAUAUUUUGUCUGGAAUAUAAAUAACUUAGUUGAGACAAAGGAUCGUCGUUGGCAGUUGCAAUUGCUGGUCAAUUUCUCAAAUACUCUCAUAAAAUAUUGUACGAUUAUUAUAACGUAUAUAGCGAACUUUGUUCAUUACAAAGCAAUACGGUCCAUAACGAAACGCAGACAAAGUUUGGAGGAUGAUUUUAAUCAACGCUACAGUGGCACGGAAGUACCGCGUAAACGUUUCGAGUUCAUGUUGCUUUUCAAGUUUGGUCUAAUUAAUGCCAUGAUGGGCGUACAAAUAGCCGAAAUAUUAUAUCAAUAUCAUAUGGGUUCACAUCCAGUGCGGGUAUAUUUUCAAAUCUAUACAUUUAUAUUGUGGAAUUAUACGGAAAAUAUGGCUGAUUACUUUUAUUUUAUAAAUUGUUCAGCCCUCAAAUUUAUCCGUCAGCUGCAGCAGCAGGUUCAUGAAAUUCUAAGAGAAAAUAAAUUAUAUUAUUAUUUUAAAAUGCGACACCGGCGUCAAGGUACUGUUAAUCACUUGUGCUGUUUACUGAGUGAUCGUUUGGAAUUUAUUUCCUCGAGAUAUCUAGAUAUUUAUCGGCUAUACGGGGAUAGUGUUAAAAUGCAUCAGUUUCAAAUGCUGGGCUUGAUUUUAAAUACAUUAAUAAGUAAUUUAACUAACUUAUUCACGCUAUUCAAUUUGCUUUUUAAGCACUCGACAAACGCAGAUAAUAUUCCCGAUAUUGUAUUGAAUUUUAUAUUUGCCAUUAUAUUUUAUAUUGAUACGUAUAUUGUAACGUUGAUUAGUGACAAGAUAAUAGUGGAAAUUGAACGGACACAUCGAAUUAUGAGACAAUUUUCGCAGUUACCCAUGUUGGAUAAGCGAUUAGAUGAAACGAGCGAAAAGUUUUCAUUGUUUUUAAUUUCAUACAAUGGUCGUUUUCGGAUUUGCGGUUUAUUUUAUUUGGAUCGCCAUUUAACAUAUUUAACAGCAGCCACUGGCUUUUCAUAUUUUAUAACUCUUGUACAAUUUGAUAUCAAUUGGAAUAAUUUAAAAUAA